AUGGAGCAAAUAGUUGUUAAAACUGAGGUUCAACCAAAUGGUGAUAUAUUAUUGUUUUAUGUUGAUGAAAAUCAAAGUCAUGGAGUAGGUGAAUUGACAAGAAUCGAAAAUGUACCCACAAGUGAAACAGAGCAGUUGCAACAAAGUGAUUUUGUACUAAGCAACAUUGAAGAAUCAGUUAACGAAUAUGGUUUGUUACAAACUGAUGACCAAUUCAAUGAAGAAAGCUGGCAAGAUGAGGAAAUUCAAAAGCUUCUUGUGUUUUAUAUAGACAACAAAGACAGUUUCUGUAAUGCAGAUACAGAAAACAAACACUUGUGGAUUGUUGCGUGCAAAACAAUGCUGAAUGGCAAAAAUCCAAGUAUGUGCGAAUUAAAAUUAUUGGAGAUGAAACAGAGUUAUUCACAGAUAUGCAUGGAACAACAACAAGGUAAUGUUGCAAAAUGGCCCUACUAUGACCUCUGCCAUCAGGCAUUUCAUGAUAAUGAAUCUGUUAAGACAUUUAUGGAUGUAAAUAUCAAACAGGAAAAUAUGAAUGUAAUACCCAUUGUUCCAAAGUUUAAGGAAGAAGGUAUCCUAGUUAUGAAGAAGGUUAACAGUGGUCGUACAAUCACAGAUGAAAAGGUUGAGCUCAUGCUGAACUUAUAUCUCAAGUACAAGAGGAAUAUUCAAAAGUAUCAUACUCAUAGAGGCAUUUGGGAUGCUAUUGCAGUGGAGUUGGGCCAAGAGGAUGCAGAUUAUUGGCAUAAACGCUUCCUAAACUUCAAGCAGCAUUACAUAAGGAUGGUGUGUAAACGAAACGAGACCGGACCGGAGAAAAUUAAUUGGCCGUACAUGAAAUUAUUUGAUCAAAUAUUUGAUGGCGAUGAGGAAUUUCAACGGAAAUUCGGCCCGAGGCACGAGAUGACUCAAAACAUUAAUGGUGUCGCUUCAGCAGAAGACACAGAGAUUAUUUGGAAUGAUACGGAAAGAACGGUAUUAGUGAAAUAUUAUUUCGACUGCUUCCACGAAUUCCAAGACCCGACAAUACCCAAUAACUUUUUAUGGCACGAAAUAGGCAGGUUGUUGGAGAAGAAACCUGAAAAUUGCAAACAGAAAUAUAGAGAAAUGAAGAGGGAACACUUCGAAAAACUAACAGAAGGUGAAUAUGAUCUAAUUAAUAGAAUUCCUAUAGAGAUUAUUCUCGACAAUAUUAUUGCUCGUGAAAUUGAGAUAGAAUUUCGAUCACAACAGAAAAGGGUCGAUCAAUUUGCUCCUUGGAAGACGGAGGAAAUAGAUAAACUUGUGCAAUUUAUCUAUGAUAACAUAGAAAUAUUUAAAGAUUCGGUUUGCUACUAUGUCAGUUGGAGUAUAGUGGCAAAUAAAUUGAAAAAAAAUAUUCACAGUUGUAAAAAGCAAUGGGAGGAUUUGACAACCCUGUACAAGUCAAUAUUGGAGGACAAAAAGGAGAACCCAGACAUGCAAAUAGAUUGGCGGUAUAUAGACAUAUUUGACAGAAUUUUUGAUUAUGGGAUGGACACCAAUUUACUCGAGGGCUAUGAAAACGUUAAAGCACAGAAUGAGAGUGACCACUCGGAAAAAGUUGGCGCGAGGAAGGUACACAUAAAGGAUGAAGAGGACAACGAUGAUUUUUCCGAAGACGAGGAAAGUUACGACGAAAGAGGUUACACAAAGCGGUCGAAACGGCGCCUGGGCGAGUCCAAGGGCUUCAAGAUCCUCGAGUACUAUCUGCGGAACAAGGAUAAGUUCUCAUGCUCACUAAGGAAGAAACUCUCCCUGUGGGAGGUGCUGGCCAGGCAGCUGGGGAUAACGGCCGCGCAGUGCGCACACCGCUUCAGGAACCUGAAGCAAGUUUACACGGGCUACGUCCAGAGGGAGAUAAACAAGCCGGACAUGCCGAUACUGUGGCCGUAUUACGCCCUGUGCAAGAAGGUGUUCGGUUACAGGGCGAUAAAGUCCCGGCUGAAGAGCGGCAAGAUGGACUCUGACGACGCCGAGGAGUGGACGGCGCGCGAGAUAAAACAGGUUAUAAACCAUUACUCGAGCAACUGCGACUCGUUGCGCGAUAGCGCCGAAGACGUGGACCGCUGGUCGCCGCUGGCCUCGCAGCUGGGGAAGACGGCGAGGGCCUGCUGCGAGAAGUUCCUGGAGCUGCGCAAGUCCUACAGGAAGCUGAAGACGAUGAAGAGCAGGAACCCGGAGGUGAAGGUCUCGUGGAAGUACUUCAACAUGAUGGACGACAUCUUCAGCUCUGACGAGACGCGGCGGCGGACGGACGAGACAGAUGCGACGGAUAACGUAGACAUCGCGGAGACGAUGGACGUGGACGCUAUCAAAACUGAAUUGCCCGAUGAUGAAGAGUUCGAGUACAUCAUAGUUAUACCAGAAGAUCAGGAAUUAGGAGACAACGACGUCCAGGUAACGGUGGAAGGCAGCGCCGAUGACACUCACGCUGAGGAUGCAGUGGAAGUAAAGCCACAAAUCAAUAAAUGGAACAGACGGACCAAAAAACGUCUACUGAUCCAUUAUUUGAAGUACUUAAGGUCGCACAGAGGAAAGGAGAUAGACUCAAGAGAUAUGUGGAGAGAGAUAUCGUCCAAGCUAAACAAAUCGCCGUCAACGUGCCGAAGGAUUUUGAUAAAACUGAAAAACCAACAUAGGCUCUCCGCCUCAAGUGAAGAGUUCAAAACUAAAUCGCCCUACUACAGUCUUAUCGAGAAGAUUCUGUCAAUGAAACCGAAGUUUGCGAAGAUCUCCCAAGACAAAAGGCUACAGGAGAACAGAACGUAUAAAGACGUCGCCAUGGCCGAUGAGAAAGUAGAGAGGGCGCUGCAGUACUACCUGGAUUGUCUGGAGGAGUUCCUGAGCCCGAGAUUCGAGAAGAAGUACGUCUGGAUGGAACUCGCAAACGCAAUCGACGAGCCGGUAUCCAAAGUGUUCAACAAAGUCAACUAUUUGAAACACCUGUUCGACAGUAACCCAAGCGCAGGUCAAGGAGUUCCCUUCAGUGCGAUUUUGCAAGAGAUCAGCGUCAAGGAGUCGCUAUUGAAGAACGGUGAGGACUUCAACGACGUUGAAAGGGCUCUGGUCGAUGACAGCGCUCUAGAAGAGUUCUGGUCUGACGACGAAGUGGAAAGCCUUCUCACAUGGUACUUGGCCAAUUUGGACAAGUUCAAAAAUCCGAAGUACGUACGCAGCUACCUGUGGAUGGGGGCGUCGGAGAUACUGAAGAAGAGCCCAUUGAUCUGCUCCAAGAAGAUGUCCGAAAUCAGGACCCAGUACAGGAAUAUGGUCAGGGAGGCGCCUGAGGAGUUGUCCGAUUGGAGAUUCCACAAUCUCUGCCAGAAAAUCUACGGAACCGGGAAGAAACCGGCUAGCAUCAAU